UGAAUGUGAUGGUCAAGUGUUCACAAAUUUGUGGCCAUAUAGUGUAUGUCAAAGUCUUAAGUAUUAUUUCGGGGGGAGUAGAUUUCAGGACAAAUGUCUGUUGAGUAAUAUUGCUGGAGGACAUGUGUAGUAAUUAUGAUCAGUUCACACGGGAAUAAUGAUUGCCACACACAGACUAUGAAGUCACAGAGAAGGCAGUGACCUUUAUUAAAGUGCUUGUUGUAGGGCUUUUGGUUGCACAAGUUGUCAAGUACUCCACUAUGCAGAACCUCGAUCAUUAGUAGGUCACGUAACCAUAUAAUGUAUGUAGGCUAUACGUGUGCUAGGAACUCAAUCGCUUACCAGAAACUAUGGUUGAUGGUCUGACAUUCAUCAGGCAGGUUGAUGUCUCAGGGCAUUUAGAUUAAAAAAAAAAAAGGAUAGUAUAUAGAGCAGCUUGUGUAGAAUUCACAGCAUCAACCAACCAGGCAAAUCCACUCAGCCAAUUUAUUUGCGUUUCAUAUUGAAAAUUGUGUGCACUGUUCUGGCCCACCUGUAUUCAUGUGUUUGUCUACCAUGGCAUCGUUGUACUGUUCCUGAAAUGCUGUAUGGUUUUUUUGACUGAUAAGGCUAAAAUCUCAGAACAUAAUAGUUAUUGAUGUUAAAUAUUACACCUAAAAUGCUUAUCAGAUUUACACAGUACUACUUUGGUAAUGAUUAAUAGUGUCUGACUUGAUCUGUACAAUAUUUGGGUUGGCUACCCUUUCAUAUAACCUUUCCGUGUUAAUUGGUUGAUGCUUAAAAAAAAAAACCUUCAUGUCAGCCAGAUGAUAUAGGUCAGUUGGUUUAUUUGUCAACCACAAAUCUGUGCUCCUGUCAGCUUUGCUAGUAAUUGCUGGCUUUCAGAUAGAAAAAAAAAAAUUCCAGCAUUGUGCUCUUUUAUAUGCACUUCCUCCAUAAGCACUGUUGCUAGCUCUAAUAAAUGUAAAUUUCCUUGUAGCAAAUGUUAAUUAGGACUAGUAGCAGUGUAGUGUGUAGAGAAUCACAUUUGCAAGGAACAGUCUGCUUUGGACUUAUAAGCUUGUUGAUAUGAUUUGAUUAUGCUUUCCUUGAAAUCUAGGUGUCUUGAUCACCUGUAAGUUUUUUUGCAUGACCAUUUGUCCCAACACAGCGGGACAGAUUCACAUAGUCAGAAAAGGACAUGAUUUUUGAGGACAACAGUGUACUCAUUUGGAUUUCACGGGACUAAAGAAGGUCAAACUAUAAUUUCUGAAAAGAAAUGUGACCUUGUCUGUCACCCAGAGCACUGCCACACUGCCAUCCUGAAACGUUUACCUCUGUGGGUUUGUGCUGGCUUACACCUCCAAGACCAGGUGUCACGGCAGUCUCAGGAGGUCACAGGUGUGAAUCACACGCAGUUCUUAAAUAGCAAGAAAGUUUUUCACUGUUCAGAAGAACUUGGGAAGCUAACCGGUAAGUGAUAGACUGUCUUUGCUAUUGAAAUGCAGGUCUUCUUGCCAGGACAUACUCUUAUAAGAUAUGAGGUUAUAAGAUGUUAAAUGAGGGUAAAACUGCAAAAGUGAAAGGUUUAUCCAGGUGUAGAAUGAGCUGCUAGUUCAAUGUAAUCAUGAUCCAUACAUAAAUAAGCAUAGGAUAUGAUGUGAUGGCUAUCGAUGCGUCUUAAUCAAUAUUCAUCUUGAAUGCUCAUUAACAGAUAUAAUAUGACAGCACUGUCAGAAGGUGAUUCAUUUUCUGUAACAGCAGCUCCGCCAGUAGUGCCAACUGAAAGAACAAGUAAAUUACCUGUCUUGGACUUUGGACAUGUAGGACCACAGACACUUCUCAUUUAGAUCAUCUCACACAAAUGGUAAUGAGCCUGCGAGUGUCAGAGCUGCAGGUUCUUCUGGGCUACGCCGGGCGCAAUAAGCACGGCCGGAAGCAUGAGCUGCUGACCAAAGCGCUACACCUGCUGAAGGCUGGCUGCAGUCCGGCCGUACAUAUGAAGAUCAAGGAGCUGUACAGGCGCCGCUUCCCCACUAAACUGCUCUCGCCAGCCGAGCUGGCCCUGCAGGGGGUGCACGCGCCCGCCGUAUCACUGCCCACCGGCCUCACCCAGCUGCCGUUCGAUGGACACGCGUCACCCACAUCCCCACUGCUGCCCAUAUCGCUCCUGGGGCCCAAGCAUGAGCUGGCGCUACCCCACCUGCCCUCUACGCUCCACCCUGUCCACCCCGACGUCAAACUGCAGAGGCUGCCCUUCUACGACGUGCUCGACGAGCUCAUCAAGCCCACCAGCCUCGCUUCAGACAGCAGUCAGCGCUUUCAGGAAACGUGUUUUGCUUUUGCAUUAACACCACAGCAAGUCCAGCAGAUCAGCAGCUCUAUGGACAUCUCGGGGACCAAAUGUGACUUCACGGUACAAGUACAGUUAAGGUUUUGCUUAUCAGAAACCAGCUGUCCACAAGAAGACCACUUUCCUCCUAACCUCUGUGUAAAAGUCAAUGGGAAACCAUGCAACCUUCCGGGGUACCUUCCUCCUACCAAAAAUGGAGUUGAACCAAAGCGUCCCAGCAGACCCAUCAACAUUACCUCACUGGUCAGACUGUCCACCACUGUCCCCAACACCAUUGUGGUGUCCUGGACAUCAGAGAUUGGGAGGAGUUACUCCAUGGCUGUUUAUCUGGUGAAGCAGCAGUCAUCUACAGCGUUGUUACAGAGACUCCGUGCCAAGGGCAUCAGAAACCCAGACCACUCCAGAGCACUCAUCAAAGAAAAGCUAACAGCAGAUCCUGACAGUGAAAUUGCUACUACCAGUUUGCGGGUGUCGUUACUCUGCCCGCUGGGGAAGAUGCGGCUAAUGAUCCCGUGCAGAUCAUUGACGUGUACCCACCUGCAGUGCUUCGACGCCACACUCUACAUCCAAAUGAACGAGAAGAAGCCCACCUGGGUGUGUCCCGUCUGUGACAAGAAAGCACCAUACGAACACCUUAUCAUCGACGGGUUGUUUAUGGAGAUCCUGAACAGCUGUGUAGACUGUGAUGAGAUUCAGUUUAAGGAAGAUGGCAGUUGGGCCCCCAUGAGGUCGAAAAAGGACGUGCAGGAGGUGUCUGCUUCAUACAACGGUGUAGACGGCGGGUGUCAGCCAUCAGCACCCGAGCAGAAAUCCAGCUCCCACACGAACGGCAGCGGCAGUAAGAAAGUGGAGGUGAUCGAUCUGACUCUGGACAGCUCAUCUGAGGAUGAGGAGGAGGAAGAACCGCCUGUAAAGAGAAACUGCCCCUCCCUCUCACCGGCAUCACCACAGAUGAACAAGGGAGUGUUGAAUUUGUGUACUCAGGCAUCUCCUGCAAGUCGAACUCCCAGCAUGCCACAAAUGGAGACCAGCUACAUCCCCCCUCCUCCACCGCUCAUACAGGACUACCGCCACUACUAUCCUACACCCAACGAUCUGUCAGAUUUGAACUUUUUCUCAUUUUUACAAGGAGAGAAUCAUCAGCACUAUAACAUGGUGAUGGCAGCGGCGGCAGCCUCGGCGUCUGAGGAUCACGACCUCCUGCUGAACCGUUUCCUGCCGUACAGCUCCUCUCAGCUCUUCCUGGACGCUCCUGGCACUCCGGUGAGUAGCAGCGGCAGUGCUGUUCACGCCGCUCUGAACGUCAACCGCAGCAACAGCAACAGCUCCAGCAGCAGCAGCCUUCCCACAAUCCCCCGCUCCGGCUCGGACAUCUACAGCUCCAUCCCUGAUAUCAUCUCGCUAGACUGAUCCACACCCUCACGCUCCAAACAGACUCCAUACAUUUGGUUUUGGGAGAAAACAAAAACACGAAAGAAACCAGAAAAAAAGAAAGUGAGGUGUUUAUUUGUUUUUCCUAAACGAUGAACGUUUGCUAUGUACAGAGAACAAAUAUAUUUUCAGUUUUACUUUUUGUAUAUAUAAACUCAGAAGACUUUUUUUCCUAUUAUGCGAAUAACUAAGGUUUGGUUUUCUUCCAUGGAAAAAAAAGACUUUUUUAUUUCAUCACAAAUUGUUGUGUUGUUGUCCCCUUGAUUAUACUGUUAUAAUAUUUUAUAUCUUUAUGGUCUUUUGCUACAUUAUAUUUAGUGUCAUUUCUGAAUCCACGUCGAAGGCGUUACCCUCCCACACAGGGACAUCGCAGCGUGCUUGCCCGUCCCUCGUCCACAUGGACGUUCCAGAUGGACAGAGACAUGCAUCUCUAGUGCUGGCAGUGUUUUUCAGCUCGCAGAUGGUUUUAUAAUACUUUUAAAUUAUAUGAAGUAUGUGAACUGUUAAGCAUUUCUUUAUCUUCAGGAAUCUGCUGUCUCCUGCCAUUGCUUUUUCUCUUCUUCUUAAUUAUAUUACACUUAUUUAUAAUUAAGAGCAGACACAUUUUGCUCUGAUUGUACUGUCAUCUUUGUAGAAUUUGUGCUAAAUCACUUUUUUAUAUUUCAGACCACUUUUUUUGCACAAUGCCAAAAGCGAUGCCACAGAAAAUCAUUCUCCUUUCUUUCUUUCUUUCUUCCUUUCUUUCUUUCUGUGACUCAAACUGUAUUUCACUGUUUCUUCCGUUUGUGUGUUUUUUGUUUUGUUUUGUUUUUUUGAGGUGAGUACGGAAGUGUGUGUCAACCCGAAAGACUUCUAGUGGUUGGAAAAUUUGCCGUCUGUGUUUUGAUCUGAUGCAGCAUUUCUCUAUGUUACACACACAGUUGUGUGUGUGUUUGAGUGUGUGUGCGCGUGUGUGAGUGAGAGUUUGACUCAGAACUGCUCCUAUCCUUGUGAGAAGCUUUAUAUACAGCUUUAUAAUAAACAACUCUAGUACUUAGAGUUCUGCUCAGUACUCUAAUUGAUGCCUCCUCGCCACUUUGAUCCUAGUCCUUCAGCUCGUGACCUGGGAAUUGAUCAAAUUUCAUAGAGAUGAAAUAUAUCCGAUAGUAGGUUCUUGGAUAGAUUUCAUCCCAGAGCACAGAAGCCUCCUACUCACCAUAGUUAGGCUAAAAUUGAGAAAUCAAUUUAACCUUUGUUGUUCAGAAAUGUAGCUAGAUAAGCUAGCUAAUUAACCAGUACAGUCGGAAGAUAGAAACAGCAACAGUGUUGUUAUGGUUAAAUUUUGUGCAUCUUGUGAGCUGCUUUUCUCAUAUCAACAACAACAAGAAAAAAAAAACACCUAGCGUGAAAGCAGCCUACGCUGUGCUGGAAUUUACACAAGACGUGCAGAUGAUGCAAGUCAGGUGACUGUGCAAGCAUGGUGAUCUACACCUGCAGUGUCGUAUUUUAUGUUAAAUCGGUGUGUAAUGAUACUUUUUUGUUCAUAUGUAGACCUGUUACACCCAGUGGCAAGUGACAGCUGUGCAACAAGUCAUCAGUAAUGAAUAUUGCUUUAAAAUGAUGCUUUAGUGAGCAAAAAUGUCUAAUUUGGCAAACAAACAAACCAUUUGACUUCUAUGUCCUCGCAUCUCUUCCUCUCAUCCCUUUCCAUUCUUUAGAUAGAGGAGUUAAGAAAAGGAGAGGAAGAAGUUAGAUAAUAACCUACAAGAUACAACGGAGCCUUUUUAAACACUAAAAUGGCUCGAUCUUAGCAGGUGAGAGAGAAAAGGUCUAUUUCAUAGACAGCCCCAGCAUAUGAGAUGACGGCCUUGUGGCUUGAAUGCGCAUGACCUUUUACUCUACGGCUCAACACUUCCUGUGUUGGUAAAGAACAAUAUAUUUAUUUUAAGAGUUAUUUAAAUUAAGAAAGGUUGAAGAUGAAGGUUUAAAGUACCUCAUUUUGCUUGAGAUCAUUCGGGAUAUAUAAAGCUGUGUGUGUGUGUGUGCGUGUGUGUGUGUGUGUGUGUGUGGGCUUGCACAGUGCUUGGUGUUGCUUGAGAUCUUGUCCCAACACCUAAUUGCAUUUCUGGCUGAGAUAAUUAUGAUAGGCUUGUGUUCUCGAUAUUCAGCCUUCAUAGUGUGACUGAUCUUUUUCAUAAUGGUCCAUAUUUCCAUCACCUGCUAAAUGAUUUCUCUACUUUUUAGUGCAUAAAUUAUCUUCAGUAUUUUCAGUUGUUUUAUCAUGCUGUAACCUCAUGAAACAGUGUUUCAUUCAGUUGAUUGCUCAAUAUCGUAGACAACAAAUACCUUUUGGCACUGAUUAUCUCUCUCUGUCACUCAGCUGCCUAAUUUUAACAAAGAUGGCAUUGUAUAGGAGAGAAGGUGUUCAGAACACGGUUUAACGUGUAAUGUCAUGACUGACCUACAUUUUAAUAGUCCCGAUUGUUCCAUUUAUGUGGGAGAAUUGAUUCUCUUGUGUAAAACGCUGGAUUAGCUCAUACAAAUAUAAGCUUUAUUAUGUUACAGUCAAACUGACGAUUGCAACCUCUUGUGCUUUCAACUCCUGCAGUUAUGUUCUAGUUUUUCUUUGAAUAACAUGCUCUCUGACAGUGUUAAAGACUGAAUGUCUGGUCAUAUUUGCUCAAUAACUGUUGCUUUGGAUCACGCCUCCACCAUCAAACCAAAAUAAGUCGAUAAUUUUUUUUUUUGGUCCCUUUUCAGUUCACAGUAAGUCAAUAAAUACAUCAACAGCAUCAACAUGGUCACUCCAUUUUGAACUGAAUCUUUCAAUCCAUUUGAACUGAACUUUUCUGCUUCCUUUCUCUGCAUGUAUGGUUGAUAUUAUUAAUUACAAAGCGUAUAAAAGCUGAUUUGCUCGAUAAUACCAACAAAAUCUCAACCUAUUGUUCAUCAACUUGAUGUCAGUGUUUUGUAAUGAUUGACAAAGGGAAGUAUUUUGUGUGUAUGUGUGGGUGUGUGCGAUUUUAUUUGAUGUAGGGGUAAUUGUGUGAACAAGAUUGAUAUGUAUUUGUAUUCUGGCCCUGGAACAUCACAUCAAAGCUAUUUCUAUAUUUUUUCAAAUGCAAAAAAAACUGUGCUAUAAAGUAGACAUUGUGUCUGAGUCAGAUUUUAUUUUAUUUUAUUAUUUUUCAUUUCAUAUAAGCUGACAUCUGCGCUCACUGCCUUAAACUUCACUUCCUCUGUCUGUGGCAUGUCCGAUAAGAGAAACAGCUUUUUAAGGAGAUGUGGAAGAAAUAUUGUAUAGUAGAACAAUGUCAGUUUGUAUAAAGUACUAAGGGAAAAAAUAUUUAUUACCUGCAUUGGAAGAAAUUGUUUACUUAAUAAAUGUUACCUGUUUAUUUAGGGACGUUUAGAUGUAAUAAAUACAUUGAGUUAAACUUU